CAAUAAAUUUCUAACUUAAAUUCGUAUUGCGGAUCCCAAUUGAAACAAUAUGGAUUGGCAAAACGUUUGGAUAAUUAUAGCUAUUGCUCUUCGUUGCCCGGUUGUGGCACCAAAAUUUGUCAACGAAUGGGCCAAAUGCCAAUCACAGGAUCCCUCUUUUGCCACGUUCGAGCUUUGCAAUUGGACAAGGAGUCCACAAAAUCUGCCGGCUUUAUCGUUUCACAUCAAUUUGCUGCAGUUGCCAAUCACCAGUAUUAAACUGCAAGCGCAGGCCAUGUAUAUAUACCGCUUGAGGCCUGUGCAACUGGUCAACACCACCUGGGACCUUUGUAGAAUUUUGAAAAAUCCUAAAAGACAUUUUGCAUUUGCCCGUCUUUAUUCUGUGUUUGGUCCACAUCUCAAUAUCAACCAUUCAUGCCCUUACAAUCACGAUUUAAUUGGAUCAAAUAUCGACUUUGACCGCUCGGAAAUGCCCUUUCCUGUUCCUGUGGGUAAAUACACUUUCAAAGCUUCAUUCAAUACCAAUGGGGGCAAACAGUUUGAAAUAAAUGCUGGUAUGAAUAUUAUCUAG